CGUCAACAAUCCCCCCUCUCACAUCUCAAACAAGAUUGCGCCUUAAAGCAAAUCUCGAUCUUGACCACAUCAUCCUCUCCGCCUACAACACACACAUCAUGUCUGCCUUCCUGUCUUCGCUGCGUCCUGCCAUGCGCGCCACUUCCGGCGCCGCACAGGCUGCGCGUUCCUUCAGCUCCUCCUCGUCGCGCUCCGCCGCGAAGAUGUUCAUCACCGGCCGCCUCGCGACCGAACCCGAGUUACAAGUCACCGCCUCCGGCACGGAGAUUGUCAAGUACUCUGUUGCCACGCAAUACUACACCAAGGGGGAGAAGCCGACGAGCUACUUCAAGGUCUCGGUCUUCCCCGAAGGCGGCCAGAAGGAUUUCAUCCUCGGCCUGCCCAAGGGAACUCUUGUUUUCGUUGAGGGAGACUGCGCCAUGCGCACAUAUGAAGACUCCCACGGCAACAAGAGAACGUCGCUGAACAUCCUUCAACGCACUCUCGAGAUCCUGAGACGCCCUUACGUUCCCACCGAGUCUGCCGAAGGCGACGAGCAGGGCACCAACUAAGCCCGAGUCUACCUCAUGCACAAAACCCUUGCAAAGGCGCGGGCAAUCCGUCGACACAAACAAGACCACAUACACACCACACCCUACUCUGGAUUCAAUAUCCGCUGCAAAAUGAAAAUAGGACAGGUAGUUCUUUGUGAGGAACCAUUGCGCUUUCCAUUUUGGGAGGAGUAGGAUUGCGUAUCCCUUGGAGAUCAGGCCUUGGAUUCAUGUCGGUAGAACGGAUGUGUUGCUUGCUGGUCGGCAUCAUUUAUGUAUCGCCCUCCCCCCCUUUCUCUGUGCCCGCUAAACCCGGGCGUUGACAUGAUAAUAUGUCUGUGGGUCCGCCUGCCUGCAUGCCUGCCUGCCUGUUUUUCACGGUCACAGCCAUGCAUCUCCCCUUGUACUUAUAGCGUGAUAUAAUUAAAGUUGGGAACCAGUACUCUGUUCUUC